AUGAAUUAUUUUCAUUUCAUUUUAUUGCGCUUCCACUUAAACUUCUCGACGCAUGCAAAAUUUUCCUCACUUAUGUUUAAGGCCCAAGGCAGCCCCAUCAAGCUAGCGAAGGUAGAUGCUACGGUAGAGAAAGAUCUCGCAGAAAAGUAUGGAGUCAAUGGAUUCCCAACACUGAAAGUUAUGCGAAACGGAAGAAGGUUUGAAUACAUUGGGCCACGUGAAGCUUACGGAAUUGUGAAAUUCAUGAAUGAUCAAGCUGUGCCAGCGCUGAAAACACUUGGCAGUGUUGGAGAGGUAGAGAGAUUCAUGGCCAAAGAAGACGUGACAAUCAUUGGCUUCUUUGAAAGUGAAUCGUCUUCAGCCUAUGAGCCAUUUUCUGAUACUGCAGAGAUGCUUCGUGAGGAUUUCAAACACAUGGCCUGGGUCUCAGAUCCUAAAGCUUUCAAAAAAUACGAUGCAAAACCGAACGACAUUAUCAUUUUCUAUCCAACUCUCUUCCAAAGCAAAUUUGAACCAAAGAGCAGAACAUAUAACAGAGAACCAGCUACCUCCGAGGAGCUGGUUUCCUUCAUCCGGCAAUUCUGCCUUCCUCUUGAAAAUAUUCCUACUCGAUAUGGCAAGUUCCCUCUUGUGGUUGUCUACUACAACGCUGAUUUCUCAAUCCAAUACAGAGAAGGUAGUGAAUACUGGCGCCAGAAAGUGUUGAACGUCGCCCAAAAGUACCAGAAGGAUAACUACUACUUCGCUGUUGCCGAUGAAGAAGAGUUUGCUGAGGAGUUGCAGAGUGUAGGACUAGGUGACUCUGGGCUUGAACACAAUGUCCUUGUAUUCGGAUAUGACGGCAAG